CCUCUUAAGAAUCAACAGCAUGGAUGGAUGCAUUUAGCCUGUAACAAUGACAAGGGCAAAAAAAGGCGACAGCAUUUGUCGCAGAGUGCCCGCUGUUUCACUUCACCUGGCAUGUUUGAUGUCAUCUUCCGAAGAUCAGGCAUUGUUUGGUCUUUUCACGCUGCCCGUUCUGGGACUAAGCGGUCAAAACAGGAUGGAGUUUCCUCUCCCGCUGGGGACAGGGGACUUGGCGCGCGCUAAGGAGUCGCGUGGAAGCUAUGCCGGGGAGCAUGGGGUCGCUGCUUUAGCAGGGCGAUGUUAGCGCAAUGCUUGCCAGCGCUGCGGAAAUUCCGGGUCCGCGUCCGCGAGAAGGUGGGUGCAUGGGAAAUUGGGAUGGUCGCCGAGGGAAUCGCUAUAAGGCUGAACGAGGUUUCUAGCGGCCUGGUAAAUAGGGGGACGCUAGUACGGGAUUCUGGAAAAAGGCAGGGACAUGGAUUGGAGCAAUGGAAAAAUUGUCGAGGCUCAUAAUCAUGUUCGUGUGUUCUAUUACUCCGUGUCGAGGCCUGAGUCAGAGUCGACUGGUGCUAAACCCUCACCGGUAAGUUGGAGCUAAUAAAGAGGUAGGAAAGCGAAGAGCCAUGCGGAUUGUGUGUCAUUGGUAAAUUUGCUUUUGGAUAGCGUCGCCUCAUUGUACGUGGCUGUCAAACCGUACGACGAUCUGUCAUGACCCUGACGAUGGAA